AUUCCUGCGCAACUGUGAUGUUCAGAAAUACAUCCAGACAAACCCCAUGACAACAGGGAAGCGGCUGUGUUGGCUGGAUGGAAGUAUCGCUCAAUCAACCUGCUAAAGCUUAAAAACUUUAGAUCGCUUGUAGAGUAAAUCAGUGCACGAAGGACAACUAUGGCUGCUUUCCUAAAAGAGACUCAAAGCAUCAAAGAGGCAGUGUCUCUAAUCAAUGGAAUCGAUCAGAACAAGUUUUCCAGAUUGCUGUCGCGGAUUCUACAGAAGCUUCAUCUGAAGGGGGAACGCACCUUCAGCGAGGAGGAGGAAGAGAAAUUACAGGCGGCUCUCUCAUUGGACAAGCAGGCUCUGGGGUUGGUUCUGGAGACGUCAGCCUUCAUUCUAGAACAGGCAGUGUACAACAAUGUGAAGCCUGCGGCUCUGAAGCUGCAGCUGGAGGCUGUGAGUCUGUCUCCAGAGCGGGCUGAGGCGGUCAGCCAGGCGUGGGCCUCCGCUGGCCCCGAUCUGGUGGAGAAGCUUCGGCAGGGGAUAUUCACCCCCAAGAAGCUGGAGCAGGUGGGCUGGCAGCUGAACCUGCAGAUGGCCCAGUCCAGCCAGGCCAAGCUGAAGGAUCCACAUGCAGUCCUGGAGCUGGGCCUAAGCACUGAGGCCUCUGAGGUAGGAGGACACACACACACACGGUGCACACACAUUCUCUCUCUCUCACUCUCUCCUGCU